UCCACUACCGUCUCACAUCUCAUGGAUCCCACCGCCCACCUCCUCUAGAGAGAGAAACCAAAUCCAUAUCCAAAUCCGUAGAAGAAACCACAGAAAUUUAGAGAGGAGAGAGAGAGAGAGAGAAGAGAGCUGAAAGUGGUUUUUCCCGUGACGUAAAUUCAAAAUUCCGCCAUGGAAUUCAACCAGAUUCCGACAUAGUGCGUGCUCGGAUUAAACUCCUGAAUCUGCUGUUAACAGACAAUGAGGUUGAUCUGAGAAAGCUGUUUCAUUGUAUUUGAUGAGUUUUUAUGGUCUGUAUGACUGAGAUAUGGUGCUGAAGAAGAGGCUAGAUUAUGGAUUCAAUGGCUACCAGGUCCCUGUUAUACCUAGAGGUCCCAGAUCUAUAAGAAGGAGAAGCUCACAGAAGAAAGAAAUUGAGGACAGCCAAAUCUGUGCAUUUGAGCUGCUGGCAGUUGUUGCUGGGAAAUUGUUGCAGGAGAGUGAAAGUUCUGCUUCUAGCAAUGCUGAUGAAGGGAAAAAUAUAUCCUUCAUCCACAGAGGUGGAAUUAAACGAGAAAAAUCAGAAGAUGGUAAAGUUUUGAAACCAGAGUGCCUUGAUCAAGCAAGCUGCAUAGAGGGUGCCUUUCUCUCUGAGGUUGCAGCUCACAAAUGCAAUUUAAAGUCCACAGUAGGAGAAUUCCCUAAUCCUGAGUGUGAUACUGUUAUGGAAAGCACUUCCAUUAUUUCAGGUUCUGACUUUCCCAGGAAAGUUGGCCAUGAUGUGAAAUUGGAGGUCCCUGAAAAUCUGACAGCAUUUGAAAAAUUACCUGGUAAAAUAGAUGACGGCUCCCCUAACUGUGGGGAAUCAUCUGAUGCUUGUGUAGAUAAUCGAAUUGAACAACAGCUAGAGGUUGAAGGGUAUCGUCGCCAUAACACUGAUUUAGCAACAAUUAACAUCCACAAUUCUGAGGACCCUGAAGAACUAUGUGUGAAUACCAGCCAACUGGUUAAUUCUGACAGUAGUGUACAGUUGACCUCAUACAUGGACUCUGUUCCUAAUGUUUCUUUUCCUGAGCAUAGGAGCAGUGUAAAUUUAGCUAUUAGAGAUGAUGACGAAAAAUAUGUGGUGCGCAAUUGGCCUAACUCCAAGAUGAGGGCUUUCAGGCCACAGCCAUGCACUGGACGCCGAAGAAUAAGAAAAUUACCCACAUCCAGAUACUGGAAAGUCGCUCCAAAGUUGAAGGAUUAUGAAUUUCCUAACACUAAUGGAGUUGUGAAGCGCAUUUCCUGCAAUAGGAAAGGCCUUCACUCAGGUGAAAGAAUUCAACGAGAAGGUCAUUUUAAGAAGAGGAAGUUAUUUGGACAUAGCCUAACAGCUGCAUACAAUCGUGAGGGAAGUAGUGAAAGUAUUUCUAAUUCACCCGAGAAGGGAAUGAAAGGAGGCAAGAGUGGCUUGGCUAUGAAAUUGCAUAGAGCAAGGGGGGUAUCACCUCCAGUUGUAGGGCAUCAAGCAUCAUUCCAAUCAAGGGAUUCACAUGUGAAGUUUAGCAUUAAGUCCUUCAAGGUACCAGAGCUUUAUGUUGAUGUGCCAGAAACUGCCACAAUUGGUUCUCUGAAGAGGACAGUUAUGGAGGCAGUGACUGCAAUACUUCAAGGUGGAUUACAUGUGGGUGUACUUUUUCAAGGCAAAAAGGUUAGAGAUGAUAAUCGAACUCUACUGCAAAGUGGUAUUUCUCACAAGCACAACCUGGACACUCUUGGUUUUACCUUGGAGCCAAGUUCUGUAAUAGCUUCUCCACCUGUGUCUCCUCAAGAUCCUCCAGCUUUUCUGCCUUGUGAGACAGAUCAACAAUCAACCAGGUCCCCAGCAGGUCUCAUCUCGGAAUCAGGGUUCUCUAAUGCUUCACAUGAUCCUCCUCCAGCAGCUAACGUGGACGGCCUUGUUGAGUGCAACAAGGAAAUGCUCCCGCCACCUACUGAUGUACAAAAUGAGGGACCAACACCAGAUUCCAAAGCCUUGGUUCCCGUUCCAGCAAUGAAUGUGGAGGCACUUGCCGUAGUUCCCGUGAACCAGAAAGCUAGGCGGACUGAACUUGUCCAGCGCAGAACUAGGAGACCUUUCUCUGUCUCAGAAGUAGAAGCACUAGUUGAAGCAGUUGAACAACUUGGAACUGGAAGGUGGCGCGAUGUCAAAUUGCGUGCUUUUGAAGAUGCAGAUCAUCGAACUUAUGUGGACUUGAAGGAUAAGUGGAAAACAUUGGUCCACACGGCGAGCAUCUCUCCCCAGCAAAGAAGGGGGGAGCCCGUGCCGCAGGAGCUGCUGGACAGGGUCCUGGCUGCCCAUGCUUAUUGGUCCCAGCACCAAUCCAAGCAACAUGGGCAUGGCAAACACCAGUCUGAGCCUCUGAAGCUUUUGGAUGCCCAGGUGGGGGGAACUUGAAAGAGGCAAAAGAAAGGGUUGAAGAGAAGAUGGUGUGUAUGGUGUAAAAACUGCUACUGCUGACAGGGAAGGGUGAAAAGAAAAGUGUACAAAAAUUAAUGGUUAUAUAUAUGUGGUGUUAUAUUAUUCUGAUUAUCAUUCACAGUGAUUCAUUAUUGCCAGCCGCUGGCUGUCUUUGUAAAUGAUUUGGCAGAAAUAAGCAGGGUUCUAACAAAGGUUAAUGUAGUGGUCACUUGAUUUGGUAGAUGACUCUAGGCUCAUUCUUUCAUGUAUUGUUGUUGGGACCUGGAUGUGGCAGAACUAAUGAUCAUUGAUUCGAUUGCUCAUCGUUUCACUAA